CGUCACGUGACGCGCAGCAUCAUCUCUCGUCAGCGCUUACUUUUCCGCAUCUGUCUCUGGUUGUUGCUUCGCUAACUUUAGCCAUGUUUCCCUCAGUUUUAUCGGUCUGACAUUUCAUGUAGCUGCCGCUCGUGUUGUGUGCCGGUCGGACGGACCGCUGUGCUACAUGUUGGUUCUUCUAACGGCCGGACAGCGUCACUUUCCAUUCAGGAACAAGCCGAAGAAGCUAGCUAGCAUCUCUAGCUAACAGCUGGUUAGCUUCCAGGAGAAUAACGUCGCUGUGAGGCAACCAACCAGGCACAAAGCUUCUAUGAGCUACGUCUGUUCGCCCCAAUCAGAGGAUGUAUCCGCCUUCCAGAAAGGACUUCAUCUCUCUGACACUCAGUGAUCCGCACAGUCACACUUACAACAACGGCAAACACCGCAGACAGUCCUGCUGGAGGAAAUGGAAGCAGCUGUCUCGGCUCCAGCGAAGCCUCAUCCUGUUCCUGCUGGCUCUGCUGCUCAUAUUUGGACUGCUCUCCUAUCCCAGCAUCGCAGAGCAGUGGAGAGGUUUAUCUGACAAAGAAGACUGGCUGGAGCUGAAUGACAGAGAGAUUAAGGAUAUUCUUCCAGGUGUGGAGUCCAUAUUGGAUGGAGCUGCAGGUAAAGCUCUGCCUCCUGUGGCAGGGCCACAUGUGGGGCCAGCUGUGGAUCCAGAUGUGGGCGCAGAUGUUGUGAUGAAGCCCAGAGGACCAAACAUCCCCAUGUUGGCGAAACCUCCCACUAAGACUAAGAUCUUCUCAAACAAGAGAGGUCCGCCAAGCCUGCAGAAAGAUGGAAAUAUUUCAGAAACAGUCGCUGGGGAAAAGCCAGCACAAGAGGUGGUUCAAGAAGAAGAGGGAGAGGAGGAGGACAAAGACAAGAAGAUUGUCAGCUGGAGAGGAGCGAUGAUAGAAGCCGACCAGGCCACAGAGCCUCCACCCUCAGCCAAUGUGAAAGAAGCUGCAGCAGCCCCAGCCAACCCUGCUGACACUGUCACAGUGGAAGUUUCAGCUGGAGCCGUGGACAGACUGGAGGCAGUGCGUAAUGCCUUCAGACAUGCUUGGAAAGGCUAUAAGGAGUACGCCUGGGGUCACGACGAGCUCAAGCCCAUCUCCAAGUCUUUUGGCGAGUGGUUCGGACUGGGUUUGACGCUCAUUGAUUCUUUGGACACCAUGUGGAUUUUGGGUCUGAAAGAAGAGUUUGCAGAGGCAAAGGACUGGGUAGAGAAAGAGCUCUCCUUCGACAAGAACGUGGAAGUGAAUCUUUUUGAGACAACCAUCCGCGUCCUUGGCGGUCUGCUGAGUACCUACCAUCUCACGGGAGACCAACUUUUCCUAGAAAAAGCUAAAGAUCUUGGGUCCAGGAUGAUGCCCGCCUUCAAAACUCCCUCAAAGAUCCCAUUCUCAGACGUCAACAUUGGGAAGGGAACAGCCCACCCCCCUCGAUGGACGUCUGACAGCACGCUUGCCGAGGUCACGAGCAUUCAGCUGGAAUUCAGAGAGCUGAGCCGCCUCACACAGGACCCACAGUACCAGGACGUUGUGAAUGAAGUAAUGAAGCUGGUCCACAAGCUGCCAGGCAAACAAGACGGCCUGGUGCCCAUGUUCAUCAACACCAACAGCGGCCAGUUCACCCACAAAGGCGUCUUCACACUUGGUGCCAGGGCGGACAGCUACUACGAAUACCUGCUCAAACAGUGGAUCCAGGGAGGCAAGACGGAAGACGACCUGUUGGAGGACUACCUGCAGGCCGUGGAGGGAGUGAAGAAACACCUUGUGAAACAUACGGGGCCCAGCAAACUGACCUUUGUUGGAGAGUUGUCCCACAACCGCUUCAACCCAAAAAUGGACCACCUCGUGUGCUUCCUGCCAGGAACCUUGGCGCUGGGGGCCCACAACGGCCUCCCAGGGGACCACAUGGAUCUGGCUGUGCAGCUGACGGAGACGUGUCACCAGAUGUACACACAGAUGGAGACGGGGCUGAGCCCAGAGAUCGUUCACUUCAGCCUGCAGUCCAGUGAUGGGCGCGAUGUCAUUGUCAAGCCUGCAGACAGACACAACCUGCUGAGACCAGAGACUGUGGAAAGUCUUUUCUACAUGUACAGAUUCACCAAGGACACUAAGUACAGAGACUGGGGUUGGGACAUACUGCAGAGCUUCAACAACUACACUAAGGUCCCAGGUGGCGGCUAUACGUCCAUUAACAACGUCCGUGACCCCGUUAACCCCGGGCCCCGGGACAAGAUGGAGAGUUUCUUCCUUGGUGAGACGCUGAAGUACUUGUACCUGCUCUUCUCCGACGACAUGGAGCUGCUCAGUCUAGACAAGUAUGUCUUUAACACAGAGGCCCACGCUCUCCCCAUAUGGCCCUCUCCACCCAAGUGAUGUCACCAUACAGGAGACGUCUGUAAAGAUGAGGCCUCGCAGAGUCCUGUGUGAGUCAGAGACUGUUAUUGCCGCUCAGUCAGGCAAAUCUCUUAAGCAACCGUCCGAGCUGGACUGCUGUGAUGAGCAGCGAAGCAGACCUGUGCCGUCCACCUGUACUUUGAUACGUUUUCAUGUGAAGGAGUUUAUUUUGCUUUCAUUUUUUUUCCUUUUUCUUUAUUUUUCCUAAGGAAAAGGUUUGUGUUAGAGCUGGUCUCUAAUGUAAAAAAGCUUUUUUAAACUCAGCUCUGACUAGCUGGUGCCAACAGGAGAAGAAAGAAGAUGGAGGGAGGGCUUUAUUACUUGAGUGACUGGGAUAGUUCUUGUAUGUGUGUGGUAACAACAGUCAUGUCCCUGCGUUUACUUUGCCAUGUGAGGUUAAAAUCCUCAUCAGUCCUACAUAUACAGGUGUCAUAGCUUUGAAGGAGCCCACAAAUUCAUUUUAACUCACCGAUGUUUAAAGGUGCAGCAACCAAUGAUGGAAACUUAUGGAGCACGUUCAGCUGCAUUUAUAUUGAAACAGAUUGCCACAGUGGUGGAGUCACAUAUUAUCUGUAAAGUCUUUACUUUGGCAAAGCCCAGUGCACUUGCUCAUGUAUAAAAAGGACAUAAAAGAAGUUAAAGGAGCUGUGUGCGACAUUCAGAGCAUUAACACAGCAGCAAACCAUCAUUUGCUAUGUUAAGAUAUAGAGGAGUAAUGGCGUCCUGAGCAAAGAAUGAAGUCGAGCUUCCUCUGUGUGUGUUGUAAUCUGAACUUCGGUCCAGCUGCAUGUGCAUGUUAGUGCAUCUGAGUCCCUUAAGUGUGUCUCAGUCGUGAGCUAGUCGCUGCCACAUUGCACUGUGCUUAUAUGGCACUACUGCUGAUAUUGGGUUGGCAUUGUUGCGGAAGCGUAGUGCCUACCGUCUGGUUACCCUCCAUGUUAACAAUGAUAGCUCUGCCAGCACUUUUGAGUUAGCACUUUUAGCUUGUAGCUCAGCCACCUCCAUGUUGACUCUGAACUAUAGAUAUGCUCUGAAUGUUGCACACAGCUCCUUUAAGUUCUGCUUUUAAUCCUUUUUCAGACGUCCGUCCCCUGAAUCGUCCCAUCCUACGCGGAGCAGUGGGCAGCUACACUACAGUGUCCAGGGACCAAUUUCAGUUCUGAGGCCAGUGCCUUGUUGAAAAGCAAAUGCAGAGUAUUCCUAAUAUCUAACAUGCAUGUCUUUAAUUAAAUAAAGACUUUGAGAAAAGUAUUAGGAUGUGUAUGGCGACGAAGCUUGCCACAACUUGGGGGUACACAAAUACAAUUAUUUAAAACCUUAUUGGUGAUACUGUCGGAUGCAUCUAAGCCUGUUUUUGUUGUAUGAGUAUGAAUUUUAUUUAAGCAACUUUUUUGUUGCUUUCUGAUCAGUCCAACGUGUUGAGCUCAAUGGAUUCCCAUUGCAUGCUUUCCAAAAAUGAAGUUUGUCUUCUUUCAGCUCACCAAAUUAAAACACUAUAGCGGUUAUUAAGAACUGCGAAGCCCCAAAAUGCAUUGCACUUACAGUAACUUAACAUGGAUUUCUUAACGGGCGCCACUGUUGCAAAUGUAGCAAAGAUUCUGUAGAUACUGAAAGAUAAAAUGUUAUCUACGGUAAAGCUUCCUGCACAGUCACACCUCAUUGUGUUUUUAAGGGCAGUCUGGUUGUUGUUUAUUGAUCUUUUGGUUUAAUGCGGCAGCAACAGAGUAUUCAGUGGGUUUAAAUCAUAUUUAUGUGACCUAAACAUUUGAAAGUGAAAGUAUAUGGAGGUCUAUUGAAUAAUUAAGGCUCUACACAUCUUAUUUUAUAGAUGAAUGUAAACAUUGAUCUCUACAUUUUAAUUUUACAUUCAGUCAUAGAGGAGCACUUGUUAGUGUGUUUACAUGCACUCUUUCUUUAUCCUAAUUUGUUUAGUUGUAUAUGAAGGGAUAUAAGUUAAGGCUUCCAUGCGGUCUUAAAGUGGAAACAGACAACUUUUCCCCCUAUAAGUGUUGGCGCUGCUGACACAAAGACAACCAGAUCACUUUCCUAUAAAGCCUCACAACUACCACAGUUUCCUCCGUGACUUUGGUUGUUUCAUUGUCCUCCAUUUUCCCUUCUGGGGAUAGUAGCUGCAAAGAACCUACACUGAUACUCUUAGGUAACUGGGGAUAGCUGCUGAUAGCUACCGGCAAAAACCAAAGCACUAUCCUCUUCCUGUUUUAGUUGAGCAGUGGUUGAGGCACUUAGUUUUCGUGGGAGAUCGCACUCUGUGACAGACAGAAUUGCAUAAAGGAAUGUGCCGAAACACAGAUGGCAUCAUUAUUCUAUAGCCAUUACAUAAAGCAACCAAUGUUUACUUCAUAAUGAUAAGCUAAAGCAAAAAAAAAAGUCUAUUUCCACUUUAAAUCAGCAGUUGCUGUGAAGUUAGAUCUAAACUCAGUACAUUACCAGUUUGUGUGUCAGGGACAAUAUGCACGCAGCUGCUCAUUCAUCCUCUUCUCACAGACGACUUGUUUAAGAAAUGAAGUAUGUUGAAUUGUUGUCUUCAUACUUGAAAGAGUUUGAUUUAUGCUAUGUAGCGAUCCCUGACCUCCCAUCAAAUGUGAUGCAGAGCAGUGUGGGAGCGCUUGUUUUCCGUACGGCAACGUCGACAAAUCAAUUUGAAGGGCACAUCCGGUGCACUGUCGGAGCUGUGUUUUUUUACUAUCACUUUCAGUUCUUGAGUCCAAGAUGGAUUUAUGUCUCGGAGCAUUUUUCAGCAGUAAGCGGUUAAUUGGACCAUUGUGUACAAGUUCUAACCAUCACGUUUUGUUAAUGAACUUCUGUCUAACAGAGAGCCAUAUACUGACCCGCAUCAGUGAAUGUGCACUACAUUUGCCAAUGAUCUGCUGUGCCUAUUGAAAUGUAUGUUGUGCUACAGUGGUUUGGUUCUGUUUUUUAUUGCUGCUGUAUCAGUGGUGUUUAUUUGUGAAUUGCUAUGGGUGGAAGUUUGAUUCACACUUACUUUUGGAUGAGUGGGUGACAAAACAACAUGGGUGUAAAUACUUUGUGUAAACUGUUUCUAACUUGUGUACUGAAUCCAACCUGUCCAUCCGCUAAUUAUUGAGCCCUUUCUGGUCUUUGCAUCUUUGUCAUCAAGUUCUGUUUCAAGCAGGUCAUUUUUGUGUCUACCCUUCUUUUUACGCUGCCCUUUUUCCUCUUCGUAAUGGUAAAUUUCAUGGCAUUCCGUCCAGAUAUCAGCGACAGUUUAACAUUUAUGGAGACUGAUGUCUGAUAAUUGAGUGAUUAUCUGAGGUUUCUGCAAUCUCUUUUGCUCCACACUGCAAGGAGGAGGUUUGGAGGAUUAAAUAUCCUAAUUAGGAAACAUAUUUAAAAGAAGGCUUACUUGAUGUGACAAGGACAUCUGUACUACAACUGGAAAUUGGUUAAUUCACAGUGUUUCAUGGUUUAUUAAACCAGUUUUAAUUCCCGGUGCACAUAAAAUGAUGAUUAAAUGAGA